AUGAUCACUGAUCCGGCUCUGAGCCUAUUGGGGAGUAAAUGGAAUAAUGAACGCAUCGAAUCACUGGAAUCCCUUUGGCCCACCGAUGCCCAACUGGAGGCCAUUAGGGCACAUGAUUCGCGACACACAAUGCCAUUGGGGGGUAACAUGAAUGGCAGCCCGCCAGAGCACUUUCGCAAUCUCCGGCCAGGGAAGCCGCGCAAGGGCUCCCCGCGUCCUGGGGCCCACAAGGGCGGCCGGGCAUCUGUCGGAGUGGUGGGGCGUCUGGCCACGGACCGUGCCUUGAGGUCCCCCCCAGCCACGACGCUUUGA